AGCGGCCCUCGCGACGCGAGCGCGCCCGGGCCCGUCGGGGCCUCCCCGCCGCGGAGCGCGCCCUUCCUGGCCGGCUCGGCGGGGGUCGCCCCGGCGAUGGCACGGCCUCCGCGCGCGGACGCUGCCGCGGCCAGCGCGGAGGCCAUGUCGGGCCGCUGCUCGGGCAGUUCGGCGCCGUCGCGGUCGCCGCGAUGGGGCUCGUCCGAGCAGGGGCGGCGGUGGCGGCUGCUGCCGGUGCCAGGCCGCCUGGGGGCCGCGGUGGCCUGGGCGUGCCUGGCCGCGCGGCCCCGAGGCGCCGCAGCGUGGGCGAAGGAGGGCCACCAGCGCAUCGCCCGCGUGGCCAGCGAGCUGAUCAAGGGGGUGAAGCGCCAGAAGGUC